AGCACAUUUUUCAGAGAUAUAUGUUCAAGAAAUCUUAAUGUUGGUGAUGUUCAGCAUAUGAAAGAAAACAUACCGCUAAUCUUGUGUGCACUAGAAAAGGUGUUUCCGCCUUCGUUUUUCGAUGUUAUGGAGCAUUUGGCUAUACACUUACCAGAUGAAGCAAGACUUGGUGGUCCAGUGCAAUUUCGAUGGAUGUAUCCGUUUGAAAGAUUGUUUUUUCAUCUGAAAAGAAAGGUGAAAAACAAGAACAAACCGGAAGGGGCAAUCGUGAAGCAGUAUGUUAACGAAGAAAUUACGUACUUCACAAAUUUCUAUUUUGAGCCACAUAUCAAGACAAAAGCCAAGAGUUCUUCUCGGUAUGGGGAUGAAGAUGAGAUGAUGUUUCAAUUUAAUCAAGUUGAUGGUUGUGAUAUCCCGGCUAUAUUCAACCAAAUAGGGAGAUUGAGUGGAAAAUCGAAAGAAAGAUGGUUAUCCGUCGAAGAAUGGCGUCAUGCUCACACAUAUGUCCUGUUGAAUUGUGAUGAAAUUCGACCAAUAGAAAGAGGAUUUGACGAGGAGACAAAGACACUUAAUCCUAAUAUGAGUAAUGAAGAAUGUAUAGAUCUCAAAGAAUCGUCAUUUGCGACAUGGUUACAAAAUUAU